UGAGUUGAACAAUAAAAGCUAAACAUGUGAUUAAACUUUAAAGCCAAAUUUUAAUUUUAUAGUAAAAAGGAAAAUAAAAUAUCUUCGCAAGGCGGUUCCCGCCACCAGAAAGCGGUGUCGUGUGUUGUCGUUGCCUCAACUGCGCUACAAUGGAAUCACGCUUCACAGGCCCCACCAUUCGCCACGUGUCCACCUUUUCCCCCAUUUCCCGCCACGUAAUGCACCCUCACCCUCCUUUUGUAUAACUUCAAUCAACGGCUUUAUCUCUCUCUCUGUCUUUCUCACUCUCACUCUCUCUCUCUCUCUCUACUGUUCUAGUUUCUAUUAAAUUCAAUUGUUGCCCAGAAGUACUUUGAUGGAGGUUCCGGUGCAUUUUGUGGCUAAGCUAUGGAGCUUCGUCUCCUUCCUGCCCUUCUUCUUCUUGCUUCUCAUCCUUGGCCUUCUCAAAGCUGCAAUCAUUGGGCCUGUGGUGGUGGGAAUUAUUGUGAUUGGAAAUUCAGCUAUAAUUGCUGGGCUUUGGUUAGCUCAUUUUGUCUGGACUUAUUACUGUGUAGCAAGAAGCAAGAGGCUUGGACUUGUGUUGAAGAUUCUAGUGCUGUUAUUGCUGCCAUUGCCUCUUGCCCUUUGGCCGGUUCUCGGAGUCGUUGGAAGCGUUUUAGGUGGGAUUGGAUAUGGGUUUUUUGCUCCCCUUCUUGCAACAUUUGAGGCUGUUGGGGAGAAUAUCACUGACAAGUUCUACCACUGUUUUGUUGAUGGAACUUGGUCGACAGUCAUAGGCGGGUGCAUAGUUGUGCAGGAUUUCACAGAUUUUUGCUUCCACUCUUACUUCUCCUACAUGGAUGAACUAAUUGAGCAGAUACCUGCAGAUGAAAAGCCAAUGGAUAUAGAGUUAUUAAAAUUGCCAGCUUCUUUGUUGGUGAGUCUGAUUGGAGUGCCGGUGGAUGUGCCUGUGAUUACAGCUGUUGCAAUAUGGAAAAGCCCGUACAUGCUGUUUAGAGGAUGGAAGAGGCUAUUGGAAGAUUUGAUAGGCAGGGAAGGACCAUUCUUGGAAACAGUAUGUGUACCAUUUGCCGGUCUUGCCAUUAUCUUAUGGCCUUUGGCGGUAGUGGGAGCUGUGGUAACUGCUUUCAUUUCUAGCUUCUUUCUGGGACUAUAUAGCGGUGCUAUUGCUUAUCAGAGAUAUACGAAUUUCCAGGAAGACUCAAUCUGCCUUGGACUUGCCUUCAUAAUUUCUGCAGUUUCGCUAUUUGAUGAAUAUGUAAAUGAACUGCUCUACUUGAGAGUAGGGUCCUGCUUUCCCAGGCCAUUAUACCGUAGAAAUAUGUGCUCUUGCCCGGAAAGGAAAAAGUGCGGUGACAACGAUAAAAAGGAUUUGGAGAAUGGGAGAGAAGGCCCAUACACAUCAAAACUUAUCUCACAGCAAUCAAGAACAUGGAAGCAGGCAAUUCAACACUAUAAACCAGUGCAGGUGUGGGGCUGGCUGUUGAAGUCUUGUGAGAUUAAUGGCAGGAUACUCCUUCGCGAUGGUCUGAUAGAUGUCAAGGACAUAGAAGAAUGCCUUCUAAAGGGAAAUUGUAAGAAGUUGGGCAUCAAACUACCUGCUUGGUCUAUAUUGCAAUGUCUUCUUGCAUCAGCAAAAUCUAACUCAUCUGGGUUGGUGAUAUCUGAUGAUGUAGAGUUGACAAGGGCAAAUGGACCAAAGGAUAAAGUGUUUGAGUGGUUCAUUGGGCCAUUGUUGGUCAUAAAAGAGCAACUAAAGAACCUCCAAUUGAAUGCGAACGAGGAACUCUGUCUGAGAUAUUUAUUCAUGAAAAGCAACAAUGAAAAACCUGAAGAGUGGGACACCGGAUUUCCAUCUGGAGACCAUGUCAGAAGGGCACAGCUGCAAGCCAUAUUUAGGAGAUUGCAGGGGCUUGUAGCUUGCAUGUCACGGAUACCAACUUUCAGACGUCAUUUUAAGAAUUUGGUGAAGGUGCUGUAUAUUGAAGCAGUUCAGGCCGCUGCUUCAGCUAAUCGGAUAGGAGGAAUCCUAAAUCCCGGCAAUGGUGGCAAUAGCUUGAUUGGAAGCGAGGAUAGAAAAGAUGGAGAAGAAACUGUAGACAGAGCAAGAAAUAGUACAUAUGACAAUGGGAAUGUAGUGUGAAAGAGAUUUCUGUAAAAUUAUCUUCACAUAGAAGAUCAUGUUUGGAAGCAUCAUGAUUCAUGUUUCCAUUUUGUUUUCCUCUGCAUUUUGGAGAGAAGGAUUGCCAAUUGGGAAUGAGGAAAACCAGUUCGAACAGAAGUUUGGAUUUCAAUUUUGUGACAUAGUCUUCACUUGGGAAAUGGGAUUAUCUAAUUGUAGGCCU